AACCCAUCUGGAAAAUAUACCCCCUGGUUUGUUUCAUAGGUGGAGAUUGUAUACCAACUGAUGUUGCUAUGAUAUCAUCUAUCGCCACACGUUCUUAUAUAUAGAGACAGCGCAUCCGUCAGAACCAAAGGGGUUAUAACUAGAGGGAAACUACAUACAUCAUCAUUAAGAAAAAUCACAUCUAGUACAAUUACAAGCAAAACACAUAUAUCCUUGAAAGUCAAAUCUCUACUCAAAAUGUCCGAGUCCUACUCCAGCUCUUCGUCCUAUUUCUACAGUUCGUCGAGUAGCACUGACGACGGCACCACCGCUACCGGUCAGCGCUAUGCUACGUACUCGCAGACCGAGCCGGAUGGAACCACAACUGUUCGCACUUACCGUCAAGAUCUCGGCGAACCGGCUAUCGUGGAUGAGAAACGCUAUGAUCAAUCCGGUCGGCAAUUGACGGCUGAUGACUCUUCAGCUGGGGGAGUGCGCCGCAUCACGGAUUUGGAUGAGGAGGGCGGGGAAUCUUAUGAUUAGGGGUUGGGCUAUUCGGGUGUGAUGGUCUAAUCCUAUUUGACAGGAGAUUAAACUGAGUGUCCUGGGGAGAAACUCGUCGGGUCUUUAUAAAAUGACCGGUUAAUCUAUUUAACGAUGUGUAUGUCUUGUGUUUAGGCAAAUGGAUCUUCAAUGUCAUUGUUAA